AUGUUCCUGCCGGCCCACCACGGCCUUGCCCCACCACUUGCGGACCUCUACCCACCCGCCCCUGCUGUCGACUUUGAGGUCUGGGUCGAUGAUCUGCAGCUUUUCUUGCAGUGCAAUAGGAAAGAUGGUCUCUCACUGUUCGAUCUCACGUCUGGCGCCUCUGCUGCCCCUACUGCCGAUACUGACACUCAGUACAAGAGUGCUAAGACCUUGUACGACGCUGUAGUUGCACGCUACUCUUCCCCUGCCACUACUGCCCUUAGUCGCCUCAUGCUGCCGUACCUGUUCCCUGACCUUGCCGCCUUUCCCACAAUCGCUAACCUCAUUACGCACCUCCGCACUAGUGACACCCGCUACCGUGUUGCGCUUCCUCCUGAGUUCUGCGCCAAGAACCCCCCCCCCCAAAUGUACAUCACCCUCUACUUCCUAGUCAACCGGCUCCCUGACUCCCUUCGCCCGGUCAGGGACCACUUCCUCUCUGUUUGCCCCACCACACUCACCGUUGACCUCCUCGAGGAGCGCCUCCUGGCAGCUAAGAAGAGUAUAGUCACUGUAGGAGACUCUCGUGAUGACCCUCGUGCCCCCCUUUAUGAGGGGUGCUCCCCCUCCCCCCUAUUGCCCUCUGUUGCCUCUGCUGUUGCGGUCGACCUCGUUGGCACUGAGUCGGUCGGCGAUUCGUCUGCCCCGAGCGGGAGAUGCCGCAACGGCAAGGGCAAGGGGGGCAAGGGCGCUGGAGGAGCUGGGGGGGGCGGUGGAGGUGGCGGUGGAGGUGGCGGUGGAGGCGGUGGAGGGAGUGGGAGUGGCGGUGGGAGUGGUGGCGAGGGUGGGGGCUUCGGUGGUGGCGGUGGAGGCGGAGGCGGCGGCGGCAGUGGCGGUGGGAGCGGAGGAGGCGGUGGUGGCAGCGGUGGUGGCGGCGGUGGAGGAGCUGGUCGAGGUGGCUCUGUGCAGUGGGGCGGCUUCGGUGGUGGUCAGCGCCAGCAGUAG